AUGCCCACCCCGCAUGAAGCUGAGACACAGCACACAGGGCCAGAGGAGGCGGACCAGCCCCCCUUCAUGUCCAGUCAUGAUGCGCCAGCCCCGGCGGCCCCCAGCCGGAACCCCUGCUGUCUGUGCUGGUGUUGCUGCUGCAGCUGCUCUUGGAAUGAAGCCAGACGGCGAGAGUGGCGCACCUCUCGGGAGACCAAGCUGCAGCCCCUGCCCAGCUGCGAAGCCUGCACCCCGCCAAGCCCUGAGGAGGUGCGCAGCUGGGCACAGUCCUUCGACAAGCUGAUGCACAGCCCAGCAGGACGAAACGUGUUCCGAGAGUUCCUGCGCACAGAGUACAGCGAGGAAAACAUGCUUUUCUGGCUGGCCUGCGAGGAGCUCAAGGCUGAGGCCAACCAGCAUGUGGUGGAUGAGAAGGCGCGUCUCAUCUACGAGGACUACGUGUCUAUCCUGUCCCCCAAGGAGGUGAGCCUGGACUCACGCGUCCGGGAGGGCAUCAACAAGAGAAUGCAGGAGCCGUCUGCGCACACCUUUGAUGAUGCACAGCUGCAGAUCUACACGCUCAUGCACCGGGACUCUUAUCCCCGCUUCCUGGGCUCCCCAGCCUACCGCACCCUGCUACUCCAUGUGCCCAGCCCAUCAUCCUCGGAGGCCUGA